CGUGAUGCUGCGAAGUCACUUCCGGGAACUUGAAAACAAGAAGAUUUAGCAAAAAAAUUUUCAUAUGUCUUCAUUAGAUUUACUUUUAACGUCAUAGAUCCGCUUCAAAUAUAUUGUAAUACUAAAAUGUGCCAAACACAACAACAAAAACUGUAUGACAUUACCUAUUGAGUGAUAGACACACAUGUUUCAGUGUAUUGUUUACAUUCUUAUGUUUCCAAAUCUGUGUUAAAAGUGAUUGAUAAAAGUUCAUUACAUUAAACAACAGCAGUUGAUACUUGUGACACAUCCGUUAUGCCUCCCAAGUUUGCAAGGAUACCAGACAGUUCAGAUAGACACAGUGCUAGAGAUGUUGAACGGCAAUCAUUGUUGGAUGGGGACUCAGAAGAGGAUGAUUUCUUUCUCAAUGGUCCAAGAGUAAAUACACAGAGGUUAAAUGAUCCAAAGAUUGGAAGGUUACGUGGUCAGGUAGAGGAAGUUGUAGAUGUUAUGAAGGACAAUGUUACCAAGGUGAUAGAGAGAGGGGACAGACUUGAAGAUUUGCAGGACAAGUCUGACAGUCUUGCAAACAACUCUGACAUGUUUAGAAACAGAGCCAAAGCCUUACAUAAAACAAUGUGGUGGAAAAAUUGCAAGAUGCGAUUGAUCAUGGCCUUUGUGAUUAUUCUGAUUUUGUCUAUUAUAAUCAUUCCAAUAAUUGUUAGUCAAGUUAACAAGAACAAGGGAGGAUAACCCAUUCCAGGUGGACUUGUGAUGUUUGUACAUUUACUUCUGAGGGAAAAAAGAAUAAAGGGAUCUAGUUACCAUUUGGUUGCAAAAUAUUAAACAGAGAUUUACCAUCAUAUUUUACCAAAGAAGAAAGAGUUUUCUAACUUUUCUCAAUGUAAUACUGAAAUUCUUUAUCAGACAAAACUUAAUUUUGUACUUGAUAAUUAAGGAGGUGUCUAGGUUUAUGUGGCCGUGGACCAUAUAAAUGUUGGAUGUACAAUACUUUAGUUAUACAUUCAAUUUUACUCUACAAAAGCAAUGUUUAAUAGAUAAGUUUGAUUUAUGGUUUCUGAUGUUUAAUUUAAGUUUGAACCCAGUGUGAGGCGUAUGUUCUCCAUGACUGUUUGAUAAAAGACAUUGUGUCUGAAAUUCAUUCGUCCUCCACCUGAUUCAUGUGUGGAAGUUGGCAGUUAGUUGUGGAGAACAGAUUUGUACUGGUACAGAAUUCAAAAACAUUGUUAGGUUAACUGCCCGCCUUUACAUUAAACGUCAGUGAAUUAUUGGAAUAUAUGUGUUAAAUAUCUGAUAAUUUCAAAGUGAAAAAUUCCAGAUAUGUUUUUUCACUCAUAUGGUACUACAAAAUAGGUAAUAUUUGGUUAAAUUUAUUGAAAAGAUAUAAAAAAAUGUUUUUUUGAAAUGUUAGAUCAAAAUAUCUUUACUCUUGAACACCAGAUUUUACAUUCCACUGGUAACACUCAUAAAAAUAUUAUAUCUUGAGUUCACUAUAUGAAAGAUACUUUGAUCUUAACACUGAAACAAAUAUCACCUGUAUUAUAUUGUCAAUUGUUAAUAUUUACAGUCAUUAUUUGCUUUGUAUUGAAAGAAAAAAGCUUUUAUUCUCGUAUAAACAACAUUGGUGCAAUAAUACCAAGGGUAAAACACAUAAAUGAAAUGACAUUGUUUGCAAAAAUCUUUCAAAAUUGGACAACAAAAUUUCAAAAAGAAUGUAAAUUUAUGGCUAAAUGAAUAUUUCUGAUGGUAAGAAUCAAAAUUGAAUUACAAUGACUACAUGUUUUUUUUCUUAGAUUUAAGAAUAUUUCAAAUGAAAAAAAACAGGAACUGUAUUUUUAUUGGAAGGGGAAUUACAGUUCAACAUUGGUGGGCCAGUUUGACUGUUCUGUUUAGAUGUUUAAAAGAUUUAUAUCCCCUUAUUUAUUUAAAUUCUCUGGUACUCAUGGAAGGGAAACAUGUUGUUUUUGUGGCAAGCUACUUUAAAAAAUGUAAAUAUAAGAUUGAAUGCUAUUUUCUUUUGUGUUUAGACGGAUAUAAACCACAGUGGGACUACUUUCAAAUCAUCCAAAAAUCACUAGUGCAAUUCAUGGAUUUGCAAGAAGUCCCAUUGUGGUGUAUUACCGUCUAAACACGCCAAAAAUAACAUUUAAUUCUUAAAUAUUUCAUAUAAAUUUGUAAUUUACACAUUUAAGGUUGUGACAUUAUAUGAGCCGUGCCAUGAGAAAACCAACAUAGUGGGUUUGCGACCAGCAUGGAUCCAGACCAGCCUGCGCAUCCGCGCAGUCUGGUCAGGAUCCAUGCUGUUCGCUAACAGUUUCUCCAAUUCCAAUAGGCUUUAAAAGCGAACAGCAUGGAUCCUGACCAGACUGCGCCGAUGCGCAGGCUGGUCUGGAUCCAUGCUGGUCGCAAACCCACUAUGUUGGUUUUCUCAUGGCACGGCUCAUGUAUUGCUUUGUUCUGUGAUACUAUAGUGUGUUCGUUUAUACAGAAGAUUGAAUUAUACUGGUGCAGAAGUGGAUAAAGUUAGUAAUUGACAAUAGAGAAAUGUUUUUCGAUCAUGUACAGAUUCUGAAACCUGCAAUGAUAUUUUUCCUUUAUAAUUAUUUUCAAAAGAAGCUAUCAAAUACUAAAUAGUGGAGGAAAUCAGUUUAUUUAUUAAUUGAAGUAAAAUGUGAAAAGAAAGUGAAUUCUACCCAUUUUCAUUAUAUGAUUAAGGUAGUGGAGUGGUACUUUUUUAUGACAAUUGGCAAGUUACGUAUUCUCUGGAUGCAAUUUUGGCAUGUAUUUGUUUUUUAAUGGAAAGUUGUGUUCAUGUUGAAAUACAUUAUAGCCAAAGAAUACCAGAUUGCUUAAACAGGAUAAUUAUGUAAUCACAGAGAAAUUGCUGAGUGUCAUUACAGGUCCAGUCCUAUACUGGAACAUUUUAUGUUGUGUCUAUGUCCAGGAUAUCCAGGAAGUUUUCCUGCUGAUAUCUAUGUUUUAUUUUUGUGUGUAGCAAUGAUAGAAGAAAAUCUUCUGGUGGAAUUAAUAUAGAGCUAUACAUGACAGUGCUCUGUAGCUAAAACUUUCAGUGUUUUUAUUUUCAUCAAUAAAUUUUGUGAACAGAG